AUGUUGAUCUUGGAAGCUGUUGGUAUAGUGUUUCCUGGCCAUCACCACAGAUACUGUUGGAGACAUUUAUACAAAAAUUUCAAGAAGGAUUACAAGGGUCUUGAAUUAUACAGUUCUUUAUGGAAUGCAGCAAAAGCAUACAAAGAAAAGCAUUUUCAGGAACAUUUUGACAAUAUUGUGAAACAGAGUGCUGCAGCUGGUGCUUAUCUCAGUAGAGAAGAUCCUGCUACAUGGUCCAGGGCCUUUUUUAACCCUAUUCACUGUUGUGAACAUAUGAACAACAAUUUUUCAGAGUCUUUUAACAAUAUGAUCAACAAGAUGAGAAAUAAACCAAUUAUAAUGAUAGGAAUAAUGUAUGCUAACUUAGUGAUGGGUACAUGGUACAAUAGGAGGACUGAAUCUGCAUCAUGGGUAGAUGGUAAUUUGGUUCCUACUGCUGUUACAUUGAUUAAGAAAAUGUUGGAAUUUGUGACUGACUAUGGUGUUGACCCUUGUGUGGCUGGAGAGUUAUAUAUGGUGACUAGUCCAAAGAAUUCUGUGUUCACAGUGAACAUACUUGCCAAGACUUGCUCUUGUUUGCAGUGGCAGUUGAGGGGGUUCCCCUGUAUGCAUGCAGUGAGUGCAUUGCAUAGCAUAAGGCCACAAUGGAGAAAGUAA